GAAAGCUUCCGGCUAUGGUGAGACACGAUGCGGCAUGGCAAUAACGACAACGCCGUGGCGGGACCCCUGCGUGGAUGGAUCUCUCGCUGUUGCCCCCUUCCUCUUCCUCUGCUUAUGGUGAUUAUUGGAUUUAUCCUUUGCGCAGCUUGCCUCUUGACGAUGUCUUCGUGACGGCCAAGCUGAUGGCCAACCGUGUGAAACUUUGCCGGGACAAUUCAGAGUAGGAAUAGUAUCGUGUAUCUGCCAGAUGAGUGCGAGGAUGGCCCGUGCGACUGGUUUGGCCAUGAGUCACUGUUGCUGCCGGCUCCUACGCCUUGUGCCUGUAGCUUUGUUGCUGAGGAUUGCUGCCUAGGUGUGUUUUUAGGUGCUGAAUAGCGAGGUUGCGAGGAGGUUGGCGGAAGCGGUGCGAGAGGUGUACGGGAGACGGAGUGCAGCAGGAUGGGACCCGAGGAUGAUCUCCUGAUUCCGCCUCUGAAUUUUGCCAUGGUGGAUAAGGGGGUGUAUCGAUCCGGCUACCCUAACAAGAAGAACCUGCCAUUUCUGCAAAAACUUCGCCUCCGUUCUGUUGUUUAUCUUUGUCCUGAGCCUUAUCCAGAGGCGAACAUUGAGUUCAUGGAGAAAAAUGGUAUCAAGAUGUUCCACUUUGGAAUUGAAGGCAACAAGGAACCCUUUGUGGACAUUCCUGAAAAUGUCAUACGAGAUGCAUUAAAGGUUUUGCUUGAUGUGAAGAACCAGCCUAUUCUUAUUCAUUGCAACAAAGGAAAGCAUCGCACGGGUUGUCUUGUAGGGUGUCUCCGAAAAGUACAAAAUUGGUCAUUGACGUCUAUUUUUGACGAGUACCGUCGCUUUGCUGGUGCCAAAGUACGGAUGCUGGAUCAACAGUUCAUGGAACUAUUCGACAUUUCUACUUUCAAGCAGACUGGAAGAACCUGGCUCUAUGCCCGGACUCGUCAGCGAGAGGACAAGCUUGCUAUCACUGCUUCUUGACUUGAAUUCCAUUUUUCUUGAGUUUAAAUCUGUUUUCCGCGGCAUUUGAGUGAUCAAUUGAUCUUAUCAUUUCGACUUGAAUGAUGUAGUUUCAUAACAUAAAAUUCUUGCAAUCUAGUGUGGCAUAGAAGUGGCUGCUCAUGGCCAAUGUAGAGGGAAAACUCCCUUAUAUAAAAAUGACUUAAGUGGGAUGUACUUUAUGUACGAGCCUUGCCUUUGUUCUUCUGAGCAUUCUCGAAAUAUUGGUAGGAUUGCCACAUGGUGCAGGAAGAUGUAAAAUCUCAGCAGAGCUUGAUAUGCAUGGUUACCAUUGUUUCCUCACCUGAA